AUGAACGAACCUCCUGUCUGGUUUGACAUGGCUGGUGAUCUGACUGUUGAACAAAUUGUUAUAUUCAAGGGUCAAAGAUGGGCUAAGAUUAAGGCUUCUCCUCCUCCUGGUGUAAUUGUUUUUUUUCAUGAAAAAGGUUGGAUAGAUGAACCUA